AUGAGUUUUCGACAAAAACAACCCGAGAUAGUUGGAAAAACAUUAUUUGAAGGUAAGAUUUUGACUGGAAAGGGUUUAAAUCAAGAAGUUGGUCUUCAAAGGCCUGAAAAUACUCAUUGGAGUUCUCAUUUUAGAAUAUUUUGCAAUUUCAUUACUAUGUUUUCUCCGAUUGUUAGUGUGCUUGAUACUCUUGUUCUUGCCAAGGAUGAUGAUGUAGCUAAAACUCAAGCUAUUUUACAUGCGGGAUCAAGAUUUGUAAAUGCUAUGUUAUUACUUCGCACAACUAAGACAAAAAUACAGAAGACUAGAGAUGAAGGUUGGGAUUCUUUGGAGAGUGACGUAAAGUCUUUUUGUGUAAAACAUGACAUUGAUAUUUCUAGCAUGGAUGAGUUGUCGUUUUCCAGAGACAAGUUCAGAGUCAUUGGAAUUGUUUGUUUGAAUCCUACUAGUUCAUCUUCCAACUAUAAUAAAGAAAAGAUACUCAAAAUGACUACACUUUAUUCCGAUGAUUAUGAUGAUCUGGACUUUGUUAUGAAUUUCUCUAUUGAUGAGCAGUUUUCAAACUUGUCUUCUCUUAGCGAACUCUCCAAUACAUUAGUUAGUUCUAAGUUACAUCAGACAUACCCAACAUUUUAUAAGCUUUUGAAGUUUGGUUUAAUGUUGCUAGUAUUUACAACAACAGUUGAAAGAGUCUUCUCAGUAAUGAAGAUAAAUUAA